AUGCCCUCAAAAACCAUCAACGCCGGCCCAGCGCCAACACCCACCCGGCAAUCCUCCCGACUCCGACAGCGCCAACCCCAGACCCAAACCCAAACCAGCCCCGAGACCAAUGACACCACCGCCAUCCCCCAAACCACCAAAGAAACCCUCACCACGGCCGCCACAGCAGCAGCCACAACAACAAAAGACACCGCAGCCGCACUUCUCAACCCCCUCCUCCACUGGGACGACCUCCCCCCCUGGCGACGGGACAACCCCUCCAUCCUCCAGGGCUACCGGCCAACUUCCCAGUCCUGGCGAGGCUCACUCCGCAGCCUGGGAUACCUGCACAACGAGUCGGUGAAUAUCUGGACACAUCUCCUCGGGGCAGUGUUUGUGUCGCUUUUGGUGGGGUCGCUUCUGCUGGUGGGGGUUGUCGUGGGUGAGAGGGGUUUUGGGGACGGGUUUGGGUUUAGGUUGGGGAGUGGGCUUGGGCUUGGGGACCUGGGGGUGAAGGUGGAAGAAGCGGUUUGGGGGUUGGUAGAGGUGGGGAAGGGGUAUGUGUCGACGGCGAGCGGGGCGGAUGUGGUGGUGCUGGGGUGUUUUUUUGGCGGUGCUUUUUGUUGUCUUGGGAUGAGCGCGACGUAUCAUAUGUUGUGUAAUCAUAGUGAGGCGGUGGCAAGGGUGGGGAAUAAGUUGGAUUAUACGGGGAUUGUGUUCUUGAUUGUGGGGAGUUAUGUGCCGUCGUUGUGGUAUGGGUUUUAUUGUCGUGCCGCGUUGUUGACGGGGUAUAUUGGGGCUAUUGUACUGCUUGGAUCGGGUUGCUUGGUAGUCUCUUGGUUCGAGCACUUCCGCACCCCCGCCUGGCGGCCGUACCGCGCGCUGAUGUUUGUUGGCCUCGGCAUGUCGGGCGUGGUGCCGAUCCUGCAUGCGCUGGAGUUCUAUGGGUUCAGCGAGCUAGACAACCGGAUGGGCCUGAGCUGGAUCCUCCUGGAAGGCUGCCUGUACACCUUUGGCGCGUUUUUAUAUGCGGCCCGUUUCCCGGAGCGCAAAUUCCCCGGCGCCUUUGACAUCUGGGGUAGCUCCCACCAGAUAUUCCACGUUUGUGUCCUACUCGCUGCGGCAUGCCAUUUUGGUGCUAUGGCUCAGGCGUUCAACUUUCACCACCAUGCUCUUGGAUCGCAGUGUUAG